UAACAUAUCCAGAAAAUGAUACAGCUCACAUUCAGUUCCUUUUUUUAUUCGUAGUCUCUUGGAUGUUAUCAAAGAUUUCAGUAGUUUUUAUAAUUCCGAAGGAAUCGGUUCGUGUUUGAUCAGCAGUAAAGGCCCCAUAAACAGGAGUUUUACCAAUUUUUUUUAUCUGCGAUGGACGUCACGGCAGUCAGCGUGGUGUAUACCAAUCCGUUUUAUGCCCAGAAUUACACUGGAACGGUGCAGCCACAGCAGCUCCAGUUACCGCAGCAGAGUCCACACCAGCACCAGAUCUACCAUGCAAAUUAUAUGGUCAGCACCGCACCCACCAUGAUGCCCGGCGGCCUCAACGCCCAGCCGGUGAGUACGGGCAGUCCCGUUUUGGGUCAGUCUCGUCCUCUGUUCGGGGAUCUUUUCCGCUUUGAGGAUGGCGGGGGUGAUGCAAGUGGGUCGCUGCUUUUAGGCCAGGACGAUGAUGGUUUCUGUAGUGGCACUGUCACGGGAACUGGCAGUGUCUCCGGUCCCGGAACCGCCAGCGAAAUCGAAGACAGCGAAGAGCAGCGGAGCGGAGGACCCUUGACGCCCAUGUCGUUCAUGACUACCAGUACCUCGUCCUCUUGCUCGGAUGCGGCUAAUAACGAAUCAGAGUUCCAGGCGAGCCUCUUUAAAAUGGCCGGGAUGAACGGUAUGGGAGGACCACGGACCGGGAUCAUCGGAGAGAGUGAUGAGGAGGAGGAUGACGAUGCGACAACUAUGGCGGCGGCCCUGGCCGGUAUUUCGAUGCGAGGUUAUGGGCGGGAUAUAGAAGAUCGGGACAUAGCAAACCUCGACGGAGGCGCUCAGACGGAGCAAGAUCAGAUAGAGAUGGAAGAGAUGGGUGAGGGCCAGGAUGAGGAGAAGCAGUUCACCUCGGUUUACCCGCGCACGACGGACGAAUUUCUGCCACGUCUGCCGAUGCCGCGGCCUUGUGCCUUUAUGAAUGUCGGCCAAGAGCAGUACAUCAUCCAACCGGACACGGUGUUUGUGCUGGGCAUGCGCCUUAACGUGACCAAGAAUGACAUUAUCAUGUUCUUCGGCAAGCUGGGACUGAUCAAGAUGGACGAGUCCACCAGUAAGCCGAAGAUCUUCGUCUACAAGAACAAACUGACCGGCCGCUCUAAGGGCGAAGCCACCAUUACCUACGUGAGUCCCUAUUCUGCCCAGGCGGCUAUUGCCUGUCUGAACGGAAGCAAGUUCAUGGGGCAGCAGUUGACGGUUCUGCCCGCUUACCUGUCCACCCGGAAGGGCAGUGUUCGGUUCAGCUAUCCGCGCGAGCUCAACACCGCCGACCAGCAGCGACGACAGCGGCAGCAGCGCUGGAAGCCGGCCAGUGACAACUGGGUGUGCCUCGCGUGCCGCAACAGCAACUUUGUGUGGCGCUCCAGCUGCAACCGAUGUCAAGCCAGCAAGCACACAGUCUCCACCGGGGCAGAGUUCACAUCAAACGGAGUAGAAAUCGGUGGAGACCUUGGUGCCGGAAUGGGAGGUGAUGGCGGCUCAGGAGGACUCUCCAGUGGAGGUGCUGGAUUAUCAACGGAAAGCGAGAACGGAGGCCGCCGCUGGAGGCCGCACAAGAAUGACUGGCCGUGCGGAUUCUGUUUCAACUUGAAUUUCUGGUACAGGACCAAGUGCAACAGGUGCCGUGCCCCACGGUCGGAGGCCCUGAGCACUACCUCGGAGCCGGAGAAGGAGCGCUGGGAACUGGUAGUCAGCCAGACCUCUACCACCGAGUAAUCAUAGGAUCUUGGCCGUCGUAUUUGUCCAUCGUAUCCGUCUCGGUUUCUGUCGACGUAACGGUCCAUACUACACCACCAUAACUACCAUCAACGCCCACAAGCACCCCUUAUACUACCCCCCUUUAAAUGCAUUCAAUUUAUGUCGUUAGUUUUUAAGCCUCUCUGUUGACAACCAGCAACUGUAUUUACUUCAUCUCCUGCUUCAGGCCCCGCCAAAUUAACAGUGAUUGGAAACACCCGCUGAGCUGUGUCGUGAGCGGAUCCAUGGGACCGAUCCGAUUCCGAUCUUCCCGAAAGUACUGAAUCCCGUUCACGCCCACAAAAAACAUACUCCACAAGCCAAUAUCUCGUCAAAAUUUCCGUUUAUCUGUGUAGUUGCAAAAUGCUAAAAAGUCGAGGACAUCGCAUUCCUAGAUAUUCCUUCAAUUCAUACAAUCCAUAUACAUAAGGUAUGCUACGAAUGCGCUUCGAGCGUCGAAUCCACUCCGAAGUAAGAGCACCAAGACCGCGGGCACCUACCUGGCACCAGGGAACCCGCGCUGAAUGAAUGGUAAUCCACUUGAUUCGGGUAACUGAAUAUUUUAUCCGGCACAAAAGGCAUCCGGUUGGGACUCUGGAUUCUGGACUCUAGACUCUGGACCCACCUGGCAAGUUCUAAACGUUUAAUGAAUUUAUUUACUUGCCCGGAUUGGCCCUUCGGCUCAUGGCUGGAUGGAGCGGCACUCGAAAAAUGCAACACAUUCAUCUAAAUUGUUCAAUAAAGUUCUGGGUACAUUACGCAAACAUAAA